AUGUAUGCGUACAUAUGGGCUCGGGAAACAGAGCAACGGAUGGGCCCAAAAUGCGUGACUGGGUGGGCCUGCAUGCAUAAGGGUGAGAAUGGGCCAGGCGGAUUUGCGAAAAUUUUGACGGAUGGGCCCAGCCCGCAUGUAUGCGUACAUAUGGGCUCGGGAAACAGGGCAACAGAUGGGCCCAAAAUGUGUGACUGGCUUGUAGGCAUGCUCGGGAACAAGGGCAACAGAUGGGCCCAAAAUAUGCGACCGGGUGGGCGUGCAAUGCCCGAGGAUAGGCCCAGCGGAUUGCAUGUAAUCUUGAAAAUCACCACAGAUGGGCCCACCGUGGAUUUCAUCUCAGAAAAGGCAAAUUGGGCCAGUGCAUAUGCAGAUGCGGUCUCGGAAACAGUGACGGAUGGGCCCAGUCUGCUGUGUUUGAACUCGGAAAAGGCAACGGACUGGGCCCAGUCCCCCAUGGAUAGAAUAACUUCGGGUGGAGUCUCAGGGGAAGGCUAUGGAUGGGCCCAGAACAUGCUUAUUUGCUCGCGAAAAUGGUGGCUGAUGGGCUGA